AUGGAAGCGAUUCGAGCUAUUCAACCGAUGCUCAGCACUUUCCCGUUGAGAAAACUACCGUUUGUCGCAUUGAAACAUGUGAUUAAAAUCAUGGAGAUUGACGAAAUAGUAAAAAUUGCAAUUUCCUCGAGAUAUAUGGAGUUUAUUGUGAAAUUCUGUUAUAUUCGAAUUAGACAGACUAUGGUUCAUUUCGUAGGGAAAUACUCGUUUAUCAGUUUUAAUGACCCGGCAGUGAUGUUUUUCCUUUGUACCAAGAGUAUUAGUGAACCAAAAGUAACAAAACGGGAUUUGAAACCUUGGCUCUCCAAAACGUCGACAACCCUCGAAAAUACACGUCAGCUAUUCACUCGAAUCUACAAAUUGUUCCAAUGUGGGCCGUUCAAAUUGAGUAUUUUCCCGUCUACUCAAAAUGCAAAGGAGAUUUUGGAAACUCCAGAGUUUCGAAACUUUAAAGCUUUGAUCUUGUAUGGGGGACAUUUUAAGGAAGAACAGUUGGAUGAAGUGAUGGAAUUCGAGAGAGAGGAUCAAAAUAUGCACAUUCUUGAAAGUGAAAUUCCAGAAGAUUAUUAUCAUCCAAAUCUCUUCAAGUACGCCGGUGUUCAUUAUUGUGAUGCUCGUUGGAUCCGACUGGAGCAUCUUCUUUCAAUUAAGAACAACGGUGUGAUUAAACUAGGAAAGAACAAUUUAACCAUCCCUGACAUCAACAAAUUUCUCCAUCACUGGAUGAAUUCGGAAUAUGAUUUAUUCGAUUGCAUGACCAUAGAUAUUGUGAAAGGAGCAACAGUUGAUCUCAAUGUUCUAUUUCGUGGUAUUACUGUAUUAAUAGGGUAUCGGUUUGGAAGAUGGCAGAGACUAAUCUCAGUCAAAUCACCUAUGACUCGAAGUCUGCAAAUAAUGAGUAUAGUUUGGACAGAUUCGCGUAUUGACAUGAGUACCUGGUUUGUUAAUGAACGUCCCAAACAAGGGGAUCGUGAUGAUGAACCGUAUACUCCAGAGUUCGAAGUUCUACAAUUGCUGAAACGAAAAAAAGUUUUGAAUUUGAAAUUGAAGAGAGUGGGAGAGGAUUCUCUAGAAAAACAGGAACUCACUCGAAAGGUAAAUGAGACAAACAAUCAACUUCAAUUGAAAGGAGUGGAAUAUAAUAACGGAUGGCCUUUUCUCAGAUAA